GUAGAAAGGGAAACAAACAAGUAGCGUGUUGUAAUCAGCAUCCACAACGCCAAUAAUCAUCGUUCUUCUUCAUGGUCCGUUCAUUUAUUUAAGCUGAGUUCCGAGGAUCGUCGUUUCUGGAAAACCGUUUUUUGAGACGAAUUACCUCAUUAUUCUUUCGUUUUCCCAUCUCCGCACAGAACCUCUCGCCCAUCUCCAAAAUGACAGGCAAGAAAUAUGAAGUAGAGGUGGUGAAGGAGGCUCGAAGGACUAGAUUAAACAAAUGGGAAUACCUAACAAAGUGGUUUGGCUAUGAGGAUGAUGAAAACACCUGGCAGACAGAAUACUCUCUGCAAAGUCAUUGCUCGAGACUAUUAGAGAGCUUCUGGAAUCACGUCGGCGACGGUAAUUACGAUUUCGCAUGCACGGGGCGUAUCAUCAAGGCGGAUCCCGAGUGGAUAGCGAAAGAACAAAACUAUUUCCGCGAUACAUACAUCCACAAAACCCACGAAAGAUUGACCAUCAGGAUACCGGCCCGUCCCCUUGUAGUGCAUCAGGAGCAUAAACAAGUCCCUUCACCCCAUGAAUCGACCUCCCAUCGCCGCGACGACAAGAUUCCCUCCACAGCACGGUCCGCGGAUGCACCAGGCAGCCUACCAGAAACGCCGAGGGUCUCAAGAGGUCCUACCACUCAAACUUUGCCUACUUUCAGUCCCAACGACCAAAGCGAACAACAUUCCAAAUCUAAGUACUCUGGGCUUAAAUUCUAUAAAUCUGGUAGUGCUGACUCUAUCUUUCUGGGCGGGUAUGAUCCCCACGCGUCAAUUUCGAAGGACGUCGGUGACGCAUUGUUUGCAACCGCCACAGAUAGUACCAUGACUUCAGCCCUAUAUGAUGAUGGCAGCUCCUAUCCUGUCACUGACAAUGACUUUGAGGAUGACUUUCUUGCCGAAGCUUUCAGGCUUGACGAGGCUGACUCAGAGGGUCCUUUUAUCGAUGACAUUUGGAAUGGCGAUCUUUUUGUCAAAGUUGGCGGACGAGAACUAUUCUGCCAAUGUAUCAAGGUUUCACCCAAUUCGCCUGCUGACAAUGACGAACGUAUUCGUACUGCUCUUCGAUCUCUAUCUGACAUUUCUGGGACAUCCGACCAUGAGAAGCGUCACAUUUCCCUUGACGGCUUCUAUCUAGCGUCAGAUCUGAAGUCGAUUUUGACAGGGAGGCUUGUAGGAUUAAUCAAUCCUUCAACUAUCUCUACUCAAGAUUGCUUGCAAAAGCUUCAAGGUUGCAUGACGAAAUACUCUUUGGUAUCACUCCUACAAGUCCUGGCCCCCAGCGUCGAGACCCAAUAUCUGCUGUUCUUUCCCCCGUCAUUGAAGGGGCUUUGUGGGAAAUUCCACCUCUCCCCCGUCUCCAUUCAUGAUUCGACACUGAUGGUAAUUUUGCUCUCGGCUGCCAUACCGGAAUUUGGAGGCAUUCGACGGUUUGAUUGUCUCGUAGGCGAGGUACUCUUGCCUAUUUCUGACUGGACAGCAUUCUACUCUCGCGACGCCGUUUCUAUCUUGGGAGUUCCCGAAUGGUUGCUUACGUUUUUGGCGGAUUGUCGGUCCUACGCCAUAUGGCCCGCAGUUGGAAGUGAGCAGUCGCUGCAAACAUCACUGCUUCGAUCAAUCAUUCGCAAAUACUCGUUUGCCACAGAAUCUAAUUGGCAUAGUGCUGUCGUCCACGAAGCUGGAAUCAUCUUUGUUCAUAUUGGAUUUUUACGCCGCCUGCGGGAGUCUUUUGUUGUGGCCCGUAUGAACGAAGCUACGAUUGUUCAAUACGGAUCCGAUGAGACUGUUCAUUGCUACAAUUGGGGCAUGAAAAAAUUGUACCACUCGGGUGGUCUUGUCACAUUUACAGCAAGCACCCUACUUGAUCACCCGCUGCAUGUAUUCAAUCUUCUGGAGUCCGUAGAACGUCGGUUAGAGUGGGACCUCUAUGUCAUACCAUCAGUAUUGGAGAGAGCAAUCAACACACACUACAAGGACAGAAAGCAGGCACUUGCAGCCUAUGACAUGGGUGACUUUGUGUUCGAGCGUAUUCUCAAUGCUAUACAAGAGAGGACGUUGAUGUUCGCAUCAAUAUCAUCACCGCCAGACGACCACCCCCCGGUCGACUUGACAGAUUGGAACUUUCUCUCUGUAGGGCCAUGCACCGCUCGAGAAAUCCUCGAGUACUGCACGACGGACAUGACGGAAUACGUCAACCUCGAAGAGACUGCUCUUCUAGAUAAAGAUAUUAUUCCUGAUCUUGAGGGCAUGGCGACAGAGCCCGGUAUCGCAAACAAGUAUCGGCGCUACAUUGUGCUGACAUCGGAAAGCAAAAAGCAUGACAGUCUCAUGGUUGAAUGCAUCCCGAUAACAAAAUUCAUCUUUGAAAAUGCACCCUCUACAGUUAUCAAGCGGCCUUUCACUCAAGUUGCCACUAGUUUGUAACCCGCCCAGAUGCUUGCCCCGAACUCCUCGAGGUUUAGUACGA